AUGCAUGCCAUCAUUUACUCUAUCUUCACCACGGCCAUGCUGGCUGUUGGUGUUCUCACCCAGCUCGUCGUCCCCAGCCUUCCCGACCCCGAGCCCAUUCCUGAGGAUGGCGACAAGGAUUCCGCACUGCACCUCCUGAACUUCUAUCGCCAUCAGGUUGGCGUCCCCGACCUCACCUGGGGAGACAAGAACCUCACCGACACAGCUCAGAUUGCGGCCAACUGGGUUGCUGCUGCGGACAUGCCCGAUACCCCUAUCAACUUCACCCGCCGUGCCCUCACCCGCCGCUCUCUUAAUUCGAGCUACGACCUGCAGGUGGCAUACCUGGACCCCACCAUCCCUUACCAGUUUGAUGACUACUACAUGACAGCCCUGUCCUUCGCCGCCGCCAAGCCGUUCUACAAGUGCGAGGCCAUCCCUCUGGGUGACUUCUAUGACUACUCUGAUUACACCCAGAUGAUUUGGAACAGCACCCGCUUCGUUUCAAUGGCUCGCGCCAAGAACAGCAAGAAUGGCACCUUUGUCGUUGCCGCCUACUCUCCUGCGGGUAACAGGCCUGGAGAGAAGCCCUUGAACUGCACAGCGCCCAACAGCACUAGUGUUUGA